AUGUCCUUCCAGGGCAAGAAGAACAUCCCCCGCAUGACGAGUGACCGCCUUCUGAUCAGAGGUGGGAAGAUUGUGAAUGACGACCAGUCCUUUUACGCUGACCUGUAUGUAGAAGACGGUUUGAUAAAACAAAUUGGAGAAAACCUCAUCAUCCCUGGGGGCGUCAAAGCAAUCGAUGCCCAUGGCCUGCUGGUCCUGCCAGGUGGGGUCGACGUGCACACCAGGCUGCAGAUGCCUGUCCUUGGCAUGACCCCAGCUGACGACUUCUGCCAGGGGACCAAGGCCGCCCUAGCAGGAGGGACCACCAUGAUAUUGGACCAUGUGUUCCCCGACACGGGUAUGAGCCUACUGGCGGCCUACGAGCAGUGGCGGGAGCGAGCAGACAGCGGGGCCUGCUGCGACUACUCCCUGCACGUGGACAUCCCCCGCUGGCACGAGAGCAUCAGAGAGGAGCUGGAGGCCCUGGUCAAGGACAAGGGUGUGAACUCCUUCCUGGUCUUCAUGGCAUACAAGGACAGGUGCCAGUGCACCGACGGCCAGAUGUAUGAGAUCUUCAGCAUCAUCCGGGACCUGGGAGCCGUGGCCCAAGUACAUGCAGAGAACGGGGACAUCGUGGAGGAGGAGCAGAAGCGCUUGCUGGAGCUCGGCAUCACCGGCCCCGAGGGCCACGUGCUCAGCCACCCUGAGGAGGUGGAGGCUGAGGCCGUGUACCGUGCCGUCACCAUCGCCAAGCAGGCCAACUGCCCCCUGUACGUCACCAAGGUGAUGAGCAAGGGUGCAGCCGAUGUGGUUGCCCAAGCCAAACGCAGAGGGGUGGUCGUGUUUGGGGAGCCCAUCACUGCCAGCCUGGGCACCGACGGCUCACACUACUGGAGCAAGAACUGGGCGAAGGCGGCGGCCUUCGUCACAUCGCCCCCCAUCAACCCCGACCCCACCACCGCAGACCAUCUCACCUCCCUGCUGUCCAGCGGUGACCUCCAGGUGACCGGCAGUGCCCACUGCACCUUCACCACUGCCCAGAAGGCCGUCGGCAAAGACAACUUCACACUUAUCCCUGAGGGCACCAACGGUGUGGAGGAGCGCAUGUGCGUGGUCUGGGAGAAGUGCGUGGUCUCGGGGAAAAUGGACGAGAAUGAGUUUGUUGCUGUGACCAGUACAAAUGCAGCCAAGAUCUUCAAUUUUUACCCAAGGAAAGGACGAGUGGCUGUGGGCUCCGACGCGGACCUGGUCAUAUGGAACCCCAAGGCCACGAGAAUCAUCUCCGCCAAGAGCCACAACCUGAAUGUGGAGUACAACAUUUUCGAAGGCAUCGAGUGCCGCGGGGCCCCGGUGGUGGUCAUCAGCCAGGGCAGGGUCGUGCUGGAGGAUGGGAACUUGUUCGCCACCCCGGGGGCCGGCCGCUUCGUCCCUCGGAAGACAUUCCCGGACUUCGUCUACAAGAGGAUAAAGGCGCGCAGCAGGCUGGCGGAGAUCCAUGGCGUACCCCGAGGCCUCUAUGACGGGCCAGUCCAUGAGGUGAUGGUGCCCACCAAGCCGGGGGGCGGCGCCCAGGCCCGCGUGUCCUGCCCAGGGAAGAUCUCAGUGCCCCCCGUGCGCAACCUGCACCAGUCGGGGUUCAGCCUGUCUGGAUCUCAGGCCGACGACCACAUUGCUAGACGCACGGCUCAGAAGAUCAUGGCGCCCCCUGGCGGACGCUCCAACAUCACCUCGCUGUCCUAGACGUCCCAGCUGGGUGCCAGCAAGUUGGUGCUGCCCCCGCGGGGCGGACGGCAGCAGGGACCACUCAGCUCAGUUAGCUUCCCUUUGUUGAACUUAUUUUGAAAGGUGCUUGGCCUUACCUUCCCCUCCCCAGAAACUCUCCUUUUGGGGUCCCAGGUCUAUUACGAGGCGCCCCCAUGAGGAGACAGCUGAACUUGGGGAGGUUUCACUGCCAGGGCAAGGAGGCUAGACAUGGUGGUGGGGAUGGCUCAGGUGGCCCCGAGCCCAGGUGCUACAUGCCUCAUGAAGACGGGGCGCCCACCGGGGGCCUCAUAACCUGCACGGAACAGGCUGGAAGGCUGGGGGCCUUUGCUCCCUCCUCCCCAUUACACAUCACUGCCCUGUGAAGCCCCCAGCUCCCCUGCCUGCUCCCGUGGCCGGGGGUGCAGCCUGUCCCCCCUCCACCUCGGUGUAGGCCGUGAGCUGAGCCCCGCCCCAGAGCUGCUGUGACUUCAGGGACCCACCAGGCACGUGGCACAGGGCGGCGGCUUCCUGCAGGACUUGCGGACUCACACACUUUUCCAAGGACCAAACCUCUGCUUUUGUAGUAGCCCGUGUCCAGGGGAACUUAGGAUCCUUUAGCUGAGAUGCCUUCCUUUUGUGACUAAGUGUGCACUCCGGUAGUUUACUAGACCAGCAGUUUUGUGCGGUGAGGACAACUGUAGCCAGGGAUCUGCAUGCCACCCACAGCCCGGACGGCCACGCCGUCACCCCAGUCUGAUGGGAAGGGUCAAUUAAAGCCGUCUGGGUCAAAGCCUC